AUGAGCUCCAAGUUUUCUUUGUCGUUGACGUUGCUGGUAGACACUGCUGAAGGGGGAAGUGGAAAAGGGAUGAAGAAAAGGUGUCCGUGCCGGCUGCCAAGCCGCACCAUAUGUAUCACUUCCGGUUCGGAGCUGAACAGCUACAAGAUUUCUGGGCCAACCGCCGGUGAAGCUAGUUGUCUUGCCGUCACCCUCUCGCAGAGUGAUCAUCCUAGCUAUCACACCAGCUAUCACACAAAUUGGCUUCUUCAACUGCGCACUGUUGAACUCGUUCGUGAUAUGCACCAGCUCUUCAAACCUCAUGUCUGGGCUAAUAAUUAUCCUCUAUGUCAGCCUCAUAUCAAACCCGCAAAACUCAAAUUGGCUCCCGGAUCCCGCAAACCCGUCAAGUUCGAAUCAGACAACAACGAACACAAUCUUACCACUAUCACUAGUGACGAGUUUGAUGCUAUCCCUGAUCCCAGCAGCUCAAAAGUAUCUUCUAGCAAGCAGAAGGCAAUUUAUCUUCUCGCUGAUGUCAAAGUCACGCCUAGGCCACCCAAAUCUGCACCUGCUACACCCCCAAAAAAUCCCUCAUCCGCUGCCGAAGAUAACGCAGACGACCUCGACGGGUUCCAUGAUAUAUGA